AUGAGCUUAUACCUUUUCCACCACUUUCAGUACUGUCACUUUCCAAACAUUGACUUUUUGCGUGACUGCCCGAAUGCUUUCCGCUUUCUACGUUCAUUGUCUGGUUCACGAAUCGCGCUUAAAGAGUUUGAACUGUGUUGUGAUUUCUUGCUGCACGAACCGGAUGACGUUUAUGACUUUACUUCGGUUAUUCAAUUUUUGAUCUCUAUCCAGGGACUACGACAUCUCCGAUUGAGAUUAUCCAAUUUUCCGGAGUUAGGCUUCCGGGUUCAGGAAGCUAUCCAGCACCACCGACCAACGCUCGAAAGCUUGGUCUUUCACCAGCGCCGGCUCACAGCGAUCGGCAACGAAGGGCUGUUUGAGGACGAUCGGGAUACGUCACCCGUUUGGAUUCCUAAUUUAACGACCAUCGUAGAUCUGUCCCGCGUCACCGCAUUGGCGCUGUGUGCGACCCCAUCUGCCGCAAGCUCUUCAACCUACGGCCGCAUCUUCGAGGCUUCAGGUUUUGCAUUUGCGUUUCAGCGGUACCGAGAGAAUUCACUGUGA